CAAGUGGAUGAACUACGCGUUUCCCGUCAUUUCACAGUCGAGCUUUGUCAGGCUGUGACUUGGAUAUAAUUCGAGCAGCGAACGAUUUCGACUAUUUAAGUCCGGAUAAUUGAUUCUUGAACAUGUUUUCUGUCUAACCCUACAUUUUGAAAUUACGUCGUCCAACCAUAACUAACAAUUUUCUGAAUAGCCAACAAAAUGUUCUGCAAGCAAUUAUUAGCUGCCGCCGCGGCGCUCAGCAUGGUGUCUGGUGCUGUUGGUGUAGGCUGUGAUGGCCCGACUGCGACAAUUCGAUCAGCUGCUGAUGCCACCCAAAUCUCCAACUGUGAGACAGUCGACGGUGAUGUUAUUAUCGACAGGAAUGCUGGACCCGAUAUCGACAUUGGUGGAAAGCUCACGGAGAUUAGUGGUGAUCUCAGGGCCGAGAACAACGGUCUUUUGGCUACUUUGAGGAGUGAUUCUUUGGUAACCAUUGGAGGUGUCUUCGCUCUCAAGAACGCUACCCACAUCUCUACCCUCAACUUCCCGAAGCUUAACGAGGUUGGCUCCAUUGACUGGUCCACUCUGAACUCGUUGCCUGAGCCUACUUUCGGAACCGUCGGUAUUACAAAGGCGAAGAGUGUUGUUAUUGCUGAUACCUUCAUUGAGAGCAUCAACGGCAUCAACGUCCAAUCUCUUACUGAUAUGAACAUCAACAACAACCGACGAUUGACCAAGUUCUCUUCCAGCAUCAAGAGCUUGAGCAACACUCUAUACGUCACUGCUAACGGUCUUAACCUCACCAUGGAGAUGCCUAACUUGGAGUGGAUCGCCAACAUGACCAUUGCCAACGUUACCUCCUUCUCGGUUCCUUCUCUGCACACUGUUAACGGUUCCAUGCGUUUUGACUCCAACUACUUCGAGACUUUCAACGCCGCCAACCUGACUGAAAUCCAGGACGGUGAUUUGUCCUUUGUUAGCAACCCCCAACUCACCAACAUCACAAUUCCUUCUUUAAAGCGCAUCGGUGGUGGUUUCACUGUCGCCAACAACACGGCAUUGGAGAAGCUGGAUGGCUUCAGCCAGCUAAACGAAAUUGGCGGUGCCGUUAAGGUUCGAGGUUCUUUCACUCAAGUCGAGCUCCCUGGCCUCAAGGAUGUGAAGGGUGCCUUUGAAGUUGUCAGCACUGAGGACAUCGACGACUCCUGCAGCGAUUUGAAGAGCCUCGACGGUGGUGUCGUUCAGGGUCACUAUGAAUGCAAGGGCAAGGUUGCCGAUGCUAACAACGAUACUUCUUCCGCCUCCAGCGAUAGCUCCGACAGCACGGAUGACAAGAAAAGCGCGGCCUCCUCCAAUGUCGUCUCUACCAGUCUUGCUGCCUUGGUUGCUCUUAGCGGCGCUAUCGCUGCUUUCUUGUAAUAAAUGGACGUUUUGGGGCGGAACAUGGCGGCAUACCCAACAUUCUUUUUUCAAGUGUCAAAAAACCUGUUGUGAUUUGAGGAGUUGCAAUUUGCAACUGGGGUUACGU